CCUCUCGCCCGCCCGCCGGCGCCGGACGGACACACUGCGCUUCAGCAAUUGGGGCGCCCUUCGCCUCGGCCCCCGUCGCGUCUCUUGCAACUUUGGACCGGCGCCGUUUGGGGUUGGAUGUUCCCCAACGGGAACGCAUGGCUGCUGCAGCGAGGAGCUGGCCCGGGCCCCGCGGGGCCGCCGUCCGGGAAACGGUGAUGCUGCUGCUGCUGCAGCUGCUGUGCCUGAGGGUCCCCGGAGGGCAGCCCUACAACGUGGACACGGAGAGCGCGCUGCUGUACCCGGGCGCCCCCGGCACGCUGUUCGGCUACUCAGUGGUGCUGCACAGCCACGGGGCGGACCGCUGGCUCGUCGUGGGGGCGCCCACGGCCACCUGGCUCGCCAACGCGUCGGUCGUCAACCCCGGGGCGAUUUACAGAUGCAGGAUCGGAAAGAAUCCAAACCGGACCUGUGAACAGCUCCAGCUGGGCAGCCCCACUGGAGAACCUUGCGGAAAGACAUGUUUGGAAGAAAGGGACAAUCAGUGGCUGGGAGUUACGCUUUCUCGACAGCCAGGCGAAAAUGGAUCCAUCGUGACUUGUGGGCACAGAUGGAAAAAUAUAUUUUACAUAAAGAAUGAAAAUAAGCUCCCUACUGGUGUUUGCUAUGGGAUGCCUUCUGAUUUACGGACGGAACUCAGUAAAAGAAUGGCUCCCUGUUACCAAGAUUAUGUAAGAAAAUUUGGAGAAAACUUUGCAUCAUGUCAAGCUGGAAUAUCUAGUUUCUUCACAGAGGAUUUAAUUGUGAUGGGAGCUCCAGGAUCAUCUUAUUGGACUGGUUCUCUUUUUGUCUACAACAUAACUACAAACAAAUACAAAGCCUUCUUAGACAAACAGAAUCAAGUCAAAUUUGGAAGCUAUUUAGGGUACUCAGUAGGAGCUGGUCAUUUUCGGGGUCAGCAUACUACAGAAGUGGUUGGAGGAGCCCCUCAGCAUGAACAAAUUGGGAAAGCCUAUAUAUUCAGCAUUGAUGCAAAAGAACUGAGUAUCAUACAUGAAAUGAAAGGUAAAAAGCUGGGCUCCUACUUUGGAGCUUCUGUAUGUGCCGUGGACCUCAAUGCAGAUGGUUUCUCAGACCUGCUGGUGGGAGCACCCAUGCACAGCACCAUCAGGGAGGAGGGAAGAGUGUUCGUGUUCAUCAACUCUGGCACGGGAGCAGUAAUGAAUGAAAUGGAAACGCCACUCAUUGGCAGUGACAAAUACGCUGCAAGGUUUGGGGAAGCUAUCGUUAAUCUUGGUGACAUUGACAGUGAUGGCUUUGAAGAUGUUGCUAUUGGAGCUCCCCAAGAAGAUGACUUGCGAGGCGCCAUUUACAUUUACAAUGGCCGAGUAGAUGGCAUCUCAUCAAGCUUCUCCCAGAGAAUUGGAGGACUUCAGAUCAGUGAAUCAUUAAGUAUGUUUGGACAAUCUAUAUCAGGACAAAUUGAUGCAGAUAAUAAUGGAUAUAUAGAUAUAGCAGUCGGUGCUUUUCGAUCUGACUCUGCUGUGUUGCUCAGGACAAGACCAGUAGUAAUUGUUGAAGCAUCUUUAAGCAACCCUGAGUCAGUAAACAGAACAAAAUUUGACUGUGUGGAGAAUGGAUUGCCCUCUGUGUGCAUGGAUCUAACACUUUGUUUCUCAUAUAAAGGCAAAGAGGUCCCGGGUUAUAUUGUUUUGUUUUACAACAUGAGUUUGGAUGUGAACAGAAAGACAGAGUCUCCAUCAAGGUUUUACUUUUCCUCUAAUGGCACUUCUGAUGUGAUCACAGGCAGCAUCCAAGUAUGGAACAGAAGAGUCAACUGUAGGACACAUCAAGCGUUUAUGAGGAAAGAUGUGCGGGACAUCCUCACUCCAAUCCAGGUUGAAGCUGCUUACCACCUUGGGCACCACGUCAUCAGCAAACGAAGUGCUGAGGAAUUCCCACCCCUGCAGCCAAUCCUUCAGCAGAAGAAAGAAAAAGACUUGAUAAAAAAAACGAUAAAUUUUGCAAGGUUUUGUGCCCAUGAAAAUUGUUCUGCUGAUUUACAAGUUUCUGCAAAAAUUGGAUUUUUCAAGCCAUACGAAAAUAAAACCUAUCUUGCCGUUGGGAGCAUGAAGACGUUAAUGUUGAAUGUGUCCUUGUUCAAUGCUGGGGAUGACGCCUAUGAAACGACUCUUCACAUCAGACUACCCACGGGGCUUUACUUCAUCAAGAUGUUAGACCUGGGAGAGAAGCAAAUAAACUGUGAGGUUACAGACACCUCUGGCACAGUCAAACUCGACUGCACCCUUGGUUAUAUAUAUGUAGAUCAUCUCUCCAGGAUGGAUGUCAGCUUUCUCCUGGAUGUGAGCUCUCUUCGCAGAGCAGAUGAAGACCUCAACAUCACAGUGCUUGCCUCCUGUGAAAAUGAAAGAGAAAUGAACAAGCUAAUGGACAACAAAGUGACUGUAACAAUACCUCUAAGAUAUGAGGUUAUGCUUGCUGUGCAUGGGUUUGUGAAUCCAACUUCCUUCAUGUAUGGCUCAACUGAGGACAGUGAACUCGAAUCAUGCGUGAGCGAGAAAAUGAACUUCACGUUCCAUGUUAUCAACACAGGCAUUAGCAUGGCUCCAAAUGUGAGUGUGGAAAUCAUGGUGCCAAAUGCUUUUGUUCCCCAAACUGAUAAGCUGUUCAACGUUUUGGAUGUCCAGACGACUACUGGACAAUGUAAAUUUGAAAAUUACCAAAGAGAAUGUGUAUCAGGGCAGAAAAGAGAUGCCAUGGAAACCGUAAGAAGCAUCUUCAAAUUCUUGUCAAAGACUGAUAAGAGGGUAUUGUAUUGCAUGAAAACUGACUCAUACUGUUUAAACUUCCUAUGCAAUUUUGGGAAAAUGGAAAGUGGAAAAGAAGCUAGUGUUCACAUUCAGUUAGAAGGCCGGCCAUCCGUUUUGGAAAUGGACGACACCUCAGCACUCAAGUUUGAAAUAAGAGCGACAGCUUUUCCAGAGCCACAUCCCAAAGUUAUCGAACUAAACGAGGAUGAGAACAUAGCACACGUGUUACUGGAAGGAUUACACCAUCAAAAACCCAAGCGCCGGGUCACCAUAGUGAUUAUUUCAAGUAGCUUGCUGCUUGGACUGGCUGUCCUGUUUGUGAUUUCAUGUGUUAUGUGGAAGGCUGGCUUCUUUAAAAGACAAUACAAAUCUAUCCUACAAGAAGAAAACAGAGACAGUUGGAGUUAUGUCAACAGCAAAAACAAUGAUGAUGAGUAAAGACUUCUUUCAUAUUCAGAUAACUGAAAACAGACUCAGGUUAGACUAAAAACAUUGUUUACAGGAAAACAUUUUUCUCAGACCUUUGUUGUUGUUGUUGUGUGUGUAUUUCUUUUACUUACAACACAUGGUGUUACUGAGGUAAGAAUUCAAGCCGUGACAACUCUUCCAAAGAAAAUAACUGCAAAGCUGUAAUUUAUAGCCAAAGAGGAUCUUACAAGUAUUAAAUGGGUAGAAGAACACUACAGCCUUCGACUUGUUCAAGAAAAAUAAACCCUGAAACAUAUACUUGAAAGUAUAUUAGACUGGGACAAAUAAGCACAGAUUCAUUUCAAGUACGUCUAUGAGAGUAUUUGAAAACCAAUCUUUAAAACCAUUUCAUGGAAUUUUCUUUAAAGACCUUUAUUUGUAAUGCAUUUCCUUUUCUUCAGCAAUCAUUUUAUUCAAUAGACUACGAGUAAUAUAGGCCUGAUGUACAAAUUUCAUACUGAAUACACUGGUUUAACAGGGGGACUUGUGGAUAACUACAGAGCUUUUUUCUGUAUAUCCAUAUAUACAUAGCUAUAUAGAUAUAUAUGGAUACAGUACACAUUUAUCAAGACUACUUAGGAGUCAAAAGAAAACACCUUGAAAUAUUGUUUGUAAAAAAUUCUUAAGUGUUCUAAUUUAUAUUCUAUAACAACAAAUUGUAAAUGUUGCACUUUAACAAGUAUACAAUGAUGUAUUUAAGAAAUAUGAAAGCUAUACAAAGAAUGAUUUGGGGUCCAUAUUUCAGAUACUGGGUACUGUAUAAAAUACUAUUCUAAAUUAAGCAAAUAAGUGUUUUAAUCAGGCCUAUAAAUGCAUUCUCCAUAGAUAUGGAGUAACACAUUUCACAGACAGUUGAAAAAUACACAUCUGAACUAUAUAGUGAACAUAAAGGUGACAUCAAAAUUUCUAUGAGCUGGGGGGUGGUAGCUAAAAUUUUUAAUAUUGUAAGAGGUUAUAUUUUAAAACAGCUUCUUGCUGAAUUUUAAAUAAUUUAAAUGCAUUUUCAAGUACAUUCAUUUUGUAAUAUUUAUUUCAUGUAGAUCUCUUUAUAUGUAUAAGAAAACUGUGGUCAAAUUUUUGAGCAUCUGUUAGAGGCAGUGAUCAAAUAAAUAAGAGACUAGUCUGUCCUACUCUGGAAAAUAUUGCUUUACAUGAAGUCUUUGCUGCCAGCUGUCUACUUCCUCAGAUUUCCCGCCUUGUGAAAGUUAUCCAUUGCUAAGCCUCUGCUCUGUGACUGGUGGCUACAGAAUGGGGAAUGUAGAGAUUUUUGAAGGCAUCUGAGCAAUAAAACUUAAGCACAAAGCAAGUAUAUGUGGCAAAUUUAGUUUUGCUUGUACAUAUUUUAAAUAACAUUUGUGCAAAGGAUAUAUUUUUAUCCUUUUAUUAAAAAUUUUAGUUCUUUUAGAAUAGCUAGGUUCAUGUGUCAAAAUCUAACAGCUUUAGAGAACUGUUGUCUCUGAGGAAACUAAAACUUGGUUGUUUGUACUGAAAGCCAGGCGCCAUCACUGCCAGAUGCAUGCCUUUCUAGUUCAAGAAGGGCAAAGUAACCUGGUGAACUAACUUGCAUCCAGUUAGGUACUUUAUGCAGUUGUAAAGAAAAUUUGUUAUAAAGUUUGUGAUGAAUUUUAAACCCUAUUUAUACAGUCUUUUUUUUUUUUUUUAGAAGGUUAUCUGAGUAGUACAAAGUUUUUGUGAGAGAGUUCUGUUUUUGGACAUACCACUGACUACUUGUGCGAUUUUGAAGUUUAACUCCUCAGGAUUAGUUACCUCUCAGUGUGGUCCUAAGAGAUCUGUUUAUGUCAGGCUGUAGGAAUCUGACCUCAGAGUUGAUGGGCUUAAAUCCUGAAAAACAAAACAACUCAAAUGAUUUUGCUUUAGAAUUAAAGGCAUGAAAUAUUUACUUUUACUUCCAAUAAACACCUUCUAAAAAUGAACUUUUUUACUUUAUGUUAUUUAAUCUUGGUUUUCAAAGCCUUGGCAACUACUUUUUAGUAGCACCAAACAGACAAACUUUAAUUUCUUUGAAAAUGCAUUUAAACUAUGACUCUGUUUAAACUAUGACCAAGUCCUUCCAUUUAAAAUGCUACUUUACAUACUUUAUAAACAAGUGCAUGUUACUUUGGAAUCAUUCAUUUCUUCCAUGCUUCCUCCAUAAAAACUGAUAAGUCCUGGGUGUAAUCUGUAAAGAAUAACAUGAGUAAUUUAUUAUUUCAUAAAUCUCAUUCUGUUAUUUCUCCAUACACUAACAUGGUGCCACAUAUAGAUUGAGAACCAACAAAUAUAUUCUCAUGGUAGAACUUCAAAGGAGGGAUCCUGAAAUAUCAACAGUAACCAUUCCAAAGCCACCUUUACCUCUGUGAAGGGUCAGUUCUUCCUAUAGGACACGCACCGCUAGUGGGCGUCAUGCAUACUUUUUCUGCCCAUUUGGUCACCAUGCUACUCAAGAAUGAGUUUGCAUUUGCCAAAACCCAUUUCUACCAGCUGCCCUUGUUAAUUAAUAUGUAAAGCUGUUCAUUUGUAAAGUAUGUUGAAUGCCUUUUGAAGAUUUAAUAAAAACAAACUGCUGAACAUGAAGUGUUGUAGUAUCAGAAACCUAUAAGAGGAAACCAAGAAGACAAACACUCUAACUCCCAGGGCUUCACGAUCGCUCAAGAUCUUGAUUCAUUAAAAAAAAAAAAAAAAAAAAAAA